UAACCGAGAGUCACAUGACCCUGAUGUCAGCGCUAGCGGCGGUGAUAAAGUGUCAAAUGCGGGCUUAUUGACCUCUAAACCUUUUCAUGCAGACAGAAGAAAUCCGAGACCAGUAAACACCGACUGUAUUAGGUUUUUCUUCUCAGUAACACUGCUUUAUAAGUCUUCUACUUCCGUCUGUUUUUUUGUUGUUCUCUUUUUUUUGCGACGCCAACGUUAGCCCAGCUAGCACGGCCCAGCUGACCGUAGCUAACUAUCUGUUUGUUGUGAUUUUUUUUUUUUUAUCCCGGAGAAAAAAAAAAGAAAUAUGACCUCUGCUGGCGGACAGCCUUGGGGUUGGAUGGGAGUGAUGUUACCGCUCAUUUUAGCUGCCUUCUUGCAUCAGAGUUUUGCCACGGUUGCCACGCCGACGCCCGCCCAAACCACCGCUGCGCCACACAAAGACCCCGGUCGGCCCGACAGAGGGAAGUACAAUGUGACCAACAGCAACAACACCGUGUGUUUACUGGCUUACAUGGGCCUCCAGCUCAACAUCACCUACAACUCCACCUCCCAGAACAAGACCGUGCAGGAGGUGGUGAACAUCAAGCCCAACGUGACGCUGGCUUCAGGCUCAUGUGACGCAGACAGGGCCGUGCUGGAGCUGAAGACCGAUGCAAAUAAAACCGUGCUCACCUUUGUCUUCACUCAGAAUACAACGUCCAGUACGUACCACCUGAGCGAAGCAUCCCUGAUGACAAGUGUGUUCAAUCUGAAAGAGGGGAACUUCUCUGCUAAGAACAGCAGCCUGGACUUCCUGCAGGGAACGUUUGGAUACUCCUACAUGUGCCGCAUGGAGCAAACUUUGACUGUGACCCAGAAUUUGUCCAUCAACACCUUCCAGGUGCAGCUGCAGCCCUUUGGGGUGUCAAGAAGCGCUUUUGGAGCAGCUGUGGAGUGUCAGCUGGAUGAAGACGACAUGUUGAUCCCCAUCAUAGUGGGAGCAGCUUUGGCGGGGCUCGUCCUCAUCGUGCUCUUAGCCUACCUCAUCGGCAGGAAGCGAAGCCACGCCGGCUACCAAACCAUCUGAGCUCAUGGAGCGGUUACUAGAUGCCAGAGCGGGGCUUUCCCCAUCCUGAAUUUAACCACUCCACCUUUUCCCCCCUCUGUCCCUUCAUCCUUUAUCUAUCUGUAUGUUUACUCUUCUUCUUCGCCUUCAUCAUUAACACUAGACAUGCGCUUUCUGAGCUGACUUCUUUCAUACUAAAGGGACGCCGCUGGGGGAUUGUUAUGUUAUGUUCUUAAAACUCUUCACUGGUACCCAGCAAAGCAGGGGAUGCAUGUUGAUCAGAGCGUCGCGCUGCAUUCUUCUAUUUAUGAUUUUUGUGAAGGGAAGUGGGAUCUGAGCAGAUUACUUUUCCUUUUCUUGGGUGUCCAUUUUUUUUAAAAUUGGUAUUACCCAAAGUUUGGUUUGUUAUUUAAAAAGGGAACAUUUCUGACAGUUACAUUUCAUUAAACGUAAACAUUUCUAGGUCAUGGGAGCGGUUUUGUUUGUUUUUCGGCCCAAUUUGGGGUUUUGCUUGCUAAAAGGGAAAGAUGUUACACUGAAAUAAAUAUUUCAAAGUGGCCAAACACUCGUGUUGGUGUUGAUCGGUGCCUUCCCAGCCGGGACACGGGUGGGAUCCAGUUAAAGCCAAUAUCACACAGGAACUCCCUCACUCGUUCAGUGUGCUGCCAUGGAAGAGACGCGUGUCUCGCAUAGCCUCCAUGUACUGUUACUACAACUAAAACAGGCAUUGUUACAA